AGGAUGGUGAAAGCUAAUCUGGUUGUGAAAUCCAAAGUUGAUUUACUUGAAAUGCCAACUGAAAUGAUGAAGCAGAGGUGGCAAGAGGAGCAGUAUAUAUCCAGGAUCUCACCUUCUGCCACACACAGGCUAACAGACAACCUGACCACUUCUGCUUCCACCAGGAGCACAGGAGUUCCAGAUCCACACUCAGGUCACCAUGAAUUCACUCAGUGAAGCAAACACCAAGUUUAUGCUGGACCUAUUCCAACAGCUCAAAAAACCAGAGAAAAACUUCUUCUGUUCCCCUCUCAGCAUCUCGUCAGCACUAUCAAUGCUCCUCUUAGGAGCCCAAGGAAACACUGGAAGAGAAAUUGAGAAGGUCCUUCACAUCAGUGAAAACACAAAGCAGACAACAAAAAGAGCUACAAGCAGCCAAGUUGAAAAGUCAGGAAAUGUACAUCACCAAUUUCAAAAGCUCAUGACUGAAUUAAACAAACCCACUGAUGCAUAUGAGAUGAAAAUUGCCAACGGACUUUUUGGAGAAAAGACUUUUCAGUUUCUUCAGGAAUAUGUGGAAAACACUAAGAAAUUUUACCUAGCCAAUGUGGAACCUGUUGACUUUUUAGAGGCUGCUGAAGAAAGCCGAAAGAAGAUUAAUUCCUGGGUGGAAAAGCAAACAAAUGAAAAAAUCAAGGAUUUGUUUCCUAAGGACUCUUUUAACAACUCCAUUGUACUGGUUCUGGUGAAUGCAAUCUAUUUCAAAGGGCUGUGGGAUCAACAAUUUAAAAAAGAAUAUACUGAAGAAAUGAAGUUUUGGCUGAACAAGAAGAUAAGCAAACCUGUGCAGAUGAUGAGUCAGACAAAUCAUUUCAAAUUUGCCUUCCUGGAGGAUGUGCAGGCCAAGAUCCUAGAAAUACCAUACAAAGGGAAAGAUCUGAGCAUGACUGUGCUCUUGCCAAAUGAAGUUGAUGGCCUGCAGAAGCUUGAAGAUAAACUCACUGCUGAGAAAUUGAUAGAGUGGACAAAUUCACAGAACAUGCACUUAAGAAAGGUGGAUUUAAACUUACCUCGGUUCAAAAUGGAAGAAGGCUUUGAUCUCAAGGAAGCAUUGGAACACAUGGGCAUGGUGGACGCAUUCAGUCAACAUGCCGACCUCUCUGGCAUAAGUGACAAAAAGAGUCUCACAGUGUCCAAAGUCCUGCACAAGUCCUUCGUGGAGGUGACUGAAGAGGGAACAGAGGCUGCAGCUGCCAGUGGCAUAGUAACUGGUUUUACAUCAUCAGCACCACAAACAAAAGAAAAAUUCUGUUGUGAUCACCCUUUCAUAUUCUUCAUCAAGGAAAAUAAAACAAACACCAUCCUCUUCUUUGGCAGGCUCUCUACCCCCUAAGUGUGAUGACUGUCACUGCUUGAGGAAGAGUUAACAGAGUUGUUCCAGUAGAUUGAUGGCUGGAAACAACAGGUUCUCCUUCUUCAUUUUCCUUUCCAGUCUCAGAGUCACCACUAAGAAUUCCAUGAUUGGAACAACAUGUCUAUUUCUCUCUUUCUAUACACACACAGAUAUAAACCUAUUCUUUUACUUCUUUCUUUUUCUUUCCCUUAAAGAAAAAUGUUCAAUAUUAAGAUAAAAGAAUAUUUUAAUGCUGAUUCUUCUAAAUUUGACAUAUAUUCUGAUUGUGACCUGUUCUAAAUGAAACAAACAAAAUCACAUUUUCUCUUCAAACUGAUUGACCUAAACAUCCACAUUUCCUUGAAUUUAGGUGAUCUCUAUGUCCCUCCUUGUAUUUCUAAAUUUUGUGAUUUUAUUAAAAAAUACUUUCAAUAAAACAAUGACUUACUCAAAUUAUUUGUUACUUUACCUUUUUUCUCUGCACCAAGUGCAAAUGGCCAAUCACACAUAAAAA